UUGUUCUGUGCGUGUGAGAAAAGGAAGAAAAGAGGGUCGCUUAUAGUGAAGUGCAGCUGGGUUGGCAGAAGGGUACGAGGUACUUUUUUUUAUUAUUGUUAUUUUUCGUACACUCUGCCCGUUUCCACCUCCUUAUCCUGGCGAAAGGUUGAACGCUUAAAAUGGAGGCGGACAGAUCCGGCGGAGGACCAAACCCGAACUCCGGAGGCGUCGGCAGCAGCGGAGCGGGGCGCAACCCAAACGGGCCCAAAGCAGGACCGGGCCAGGCGACAUCAGCUGCGGCGACCGGGGCGAUGGCGGCGGCGGCGGCGGCGGCAGCCGGGGCCAUGCCCGGAUCGUCGCAGGCUCGGGAGCUGCAGGACGGGGACUCGGGUAUGACGCUUCCUGGGAUCCUGCACUUCAUCCAGUACGAGUGGGGACGCUUCCAGGCCGAGAAAUACCGCUGGGAGGCUGAGAGAGACGAACUCAGGGCUCAGGUGGCAUUUCUGCAGGGCGAGAGGAAAGGGCAGGAGAAUAUGAAACAGGACCUGGUGAGGCGGAUCAAGAUGCUGGAGUACGCCCUCAAACAAGAGAGGGCUAAGCACCAGAAGCUGAAGACAGGAAACGACCAGAGUCCCGGAGACAAGAAACCAGAGACAGAGGCAGACCAGCUUCCCAAUGGGCCAGCUGAGUCAGACUCUGAGCCAGCCAAUCAGAUGUCCUGGAAGGAGGGACGACAGCUACUACGCAAAUAUCUUGAGGAAGUGGGUUAUUCAGACACCAUCCUGGACAUGCGGUCUAAGCGCGUGCGCUCCCUGCUUGGGCGGAGCAGCCCAGAGGCUAACGGGCCCCCGCCCAGCGAAACCUGCCCCGAGCCGGAGCCCCGGGCGGGCGGAGAGUCGCUGUUGGUCAGACAGAUAGAGGAGCAAAUCAAGAGGAACGCCGGCAAGGAAAGCUCUAAGGAACGUCUGGGGGGCUCUGUGCUCGAUAAGAUCCCCUUCCUGCACGGCUGCGAGGACGACGACGAAGACGACAGUGACGAGGAGGACGACUUUCAAGGCAUGGCCACCGACUGCAUCGACGGGCCGCGCAAGAACAAGAAGUCUCGCGCGAAGAUGGGUUCGGAGCCCAUGACCACAGACCUGGACCCCGAGGACGAGGAGGACGAAGACGACUCGGAAGACGCCCUCAGUGAAUUUGACUUCCUGGGCUCGGGGGAGGAUGGGGAGGGGGCGGGAGAGGCCCGGAUCUCGGGGGACGGACGGGAGUUAGAGAACCGCAGGAACAAGUUACAAGGCAUGAUGUCGGACUUCCCCCCUAAACCCACCCCGCCCCCCUCUGUAUCGGGACAGGCUCGCUCCGGCGAAGGCGGCGCCCUGGGUUUCUCCUCUGACGUCUUCAUUAUGGACGCCGUCGGAGGAGGGGACAUGAACCUGGGUGAACUGGCUGAUCUCACUGUUGCCAAUGACAACGAUCUCUCCAUGGAUAUGCAGGAUAACAGAGAGGAGUUCAAGAAGACAUGGAACCCUCGUUUCACACUACGCAGCCACUUCGACGCCAUCCGCGCGUUAACCUUUCACCCCAGCCAAGCGGUGCUGCUCACGGCCUCUGAGGAUGGAACGCUAAAACUGUGGAACCUCAACAAGGCCAUGCACUCUAAAAAGAACGCAGCGUUGGACGUUGAGCCCAUCUACACAUUCAGAGCUCACAGUGGAGCCGUUCUGUCGCUGACCAUGGGCGAGGACGGAGACUCCUGCUACAGCGGAGGUCUAGAUGGAACUGUCAGAUGCUGGAAGAUGCCAGACCUCAACGUGGAUCCCUACGAUAACUACGAUCCCAGCAUCGAGAGCAGUGUGCUUGCAGGCCACGAGGACAGCGUGUGGGGUCUAACUUACUCGGCAGUCCACCAUCGUCUCGCCUCGUGCUCAGCCGACGGCACUAUUCGAAUCUGGGACCCGCAGAACUCGGCUCCCUGCCUGUCUGUCUUCAACAAGGAGAGAGAGCACGGCACGCCCACCUCAGUUGCCUUUGUGGCCACUGACCCCAACCAGGUGGUGGUGUCAUUUGACGGCGGUGAGACGCUGCUCUACGACCUCAACACAGAGCAGAGCACCACCGCGCUAGAGACGCAGACCAAGGAUGGCAGUGAGCUGAUCAACCGUGUGGUCAGUCACCCAUCUGAGCCCGUCUCCAUCACUGCACAUGAGAACCGCACCAUCCGUUUCCUGGACAACAAGACAGGGAAAGUUGUCCACUCCAUGGUGGCUCACCUGGACGCGGUCACCUGUCUUACCACAGACCCUAAAGGCACUUACCUCAUCUCUGGCAGCCAUGACUGCUCGGUGCGCCUGUGGAUGCUGGACAACAGGACGUGUGUGCAGGAGAUCACGGCCCACAGGAAGAAGCACGACGAGGCCAUCCAUGACGUGGCCUUCCACCCUUCCCAGCCCUUCAUUGCCAGCGCCGGCGCAGAUGCACUUGCCAAGAUCUUUGUCUGACAGCACUGUCGUCAUUCUGAGUUCUACAAAAACAACUGGGCCAAAAGAGACUGAAGACUACAGUGGACAAAUUUCACCUGCUUUACGCACACACACACACACACACACACACACACACACACACACACACACACUCUCACACACACACACACUUGUCCUGCACCCCACUGGCUGGGUCAUCGCCACAGGACAUCCCCUCCCCUCAGUCUCCCUCACUGUUCUCCGAUGCCUCAGUGACUUCUUGUAAUACUAACCACACUGCUUUUUUAUAACUUAAAAAUCCCGGCUGCUCCGUUUUCAAGUAAUCAUGUUUGGAGUAACACUUUUUCUACACUACAAUUUCUUUUCUUUUUCAAACUCUAACAACUACUACAAAGCACUGCGCGUGUUUGUGUGUGCGCGUGUUUGUGCGCUUGAACGUGCCGACGCACUGCUCACAUUUCACGGAGCACCACCGAGGGAACACUGCACAGCGCGCACAAACGCACCGCCACAUUUCAUCUUACAGACCUUUUUUUUUAGUAGUUCACAAACUGCUUGCGGCUAACAUACACAUGUAGGCAUGACUAAAAACAGCAACCUUUCCAAAGGACGCGUCGGCAGAAAACACCUGACCGACCCCUCCACUGGGAAUCAAUGUAUUACAUUCCAAAGACUCCAGGUAGAGCGUGUGCGGUGUCGUGUUUUGGGGUUGGAGAAUGUCAAACGGAGGCGUGCGCGUGAAGCGAGGAGGCACUAGACAGUCGCUAACUAGUGUUGGAACAAAUAGCUUUAAUUUCAACUUUACGGCCAGGUCUCAUCGUUCGUCUGAGUAUUAAAGCGUCCCCGUGAUUCUGCCUCUGCUUCUGUGUGUGUCUGUGUGUGUGUGCGCGUGCGUGCGUGUGUACAGGAUAAAUGAACCAGUUUCCAUAGAGAUCACGAGAGCGCAGUUGGAGGCCGGACACUGCAGGGGUGUGAGGCUGGUCUGCGUGCGCUCGACAAAUGACGCAGUUUGUGUCAUUUGGUGCUUUUACUGUACAGAAGAUUGUGUGUGUGUGUGUGUGCGCGCGCACUAGUUAAAUCACGGUGCUAUGAAAAACCUUGAGUCAGAAUCAGGGACCUGUUUUGUGUGUGUGUGUGAUUGAGAGACUGUUUCUCAUCAUCUGGCCACAGAUCGAAGUCGAGCGCAUCGACUUUUACGUGACAUUUCAGCGUUGAAUCAUUUCAUUAACUGUGGUCACAUUUCAGAAAUGGAACGGUCACUCUUCUCAUUAGAGGGACGCGAGUAAGGUCGGCCUCGAUCGCUUCAGGCUUGAGGAGUGUACUGAGCCGAUGGUAAUUACAUUAAGGCGAGGACCACCUGGACUGAAAACGCGUCCUCCGAUGAGAGCUGCUCGGAUCGUUCAUUUCAUCUAGAAGCCAGCAGGCGGCGCUCGGCCUCUGGCUUAAUUUAUUUAUACAGGCUUUCCAAAAAAAAAAAAAAAAAAAGCUUGACAUUUACCUUCACUUGUGUGUUGAGGCAAAGUUCCCUCUUCUUGUAGGACGUGCACGAGUUGCACUAUAGCACAUUACCCAGAGAACUGAUGAUGUGAAGCCGGUCGCCUCUUUCCCGAGAGGCAUGCUGGGAGAAACGGCUCCAGGGUUAGAAGAAAAAAGAGCAAAGUAGGUCCAUUUUGAAUUCAGCCACUUUUUCCUGAAAGAAAAAGAGAAAGUAUUGGUUUAAGAUGUGUAGGUGUCAGCUGAUACUUUUCAGCACCUAACCGUUCUCGCUGAUGUGUCACGAUUCUGCUGUUUGGAACGUACCGUCUGGCUUCGGUGGAACCGUCGUUCCUUUGAGAACAGCUCACAUCUCUCUCUGCCUGCAUUCUGACUGAGAACUGCAGGACACGUGUUCGUCGGCUUUGGGUGAAAGUUGCCCCUUAACAGCUGACCUGACGUCAGAUUACUUGACUGUUAACUACCUUGAGAAGACUGAUAAAAUCUAAUAUUAGAUCAGUUGGCUAAGGAGCACCGUCCUUCCUCUUCAAGACUACAGGGUCACACUAAGGGUCAGAGGUCAGAUGUGAGGGUUGGAAGUAGCCUAGAGGUAAACACUCCUUUCCUAAUCACUAGGAAGACUAGCAUUCAUAGUUCCAGGUUUGCUUGUUUGUUUGUUUGUUUGUGUACUGAAACAGGGUGGUAGACAACAACCAGGUGCAACUACAUUGUUGCGCCGCUGCUGGGCUUAACGUCCUGUUAUCUCACUGAACUGCUAUUUGGCUCCACUUUGCACUACAUCUAACUGUGGGUGGCGAGACGUGGUUACAGACAGGGUGCAGAACUAAUGUUUUUGCAGGUAUUUCUUAUACAAUCUGGAGUAAAUACUACAAGGGUGGGCGGCGAGCGGCGAGCUUUGUGCUCCCUCUGAGCCACCGCAGUACGACCGCUCCCCGAGAAGAAAGACAAAUCAGUAUGACACAUCGAAAAAGAAAAAGAAAUCGAAACAGAGGUUGUAAAUGAUGACUAGAGAUGCCAUUAUGUGCUGUAAAUGUCCAUCAUUUCCUUGUUUUCUUUCUUGCAUUUCUUUUCUUUGAUUAUGAAUAUGAUUAUUAAGAUGUAAGAAUACUGUAGUAUCAUAAGUGAAUCAUUCUUCCUUGCUAGGCAUAGAACUUGCUUGUGAUUGAUAAUGGCAAUGUAUAACUUGUAAAAAAAAAAAAGGAGAAAAAAGCAAAAAAAGCAAAAUGAUUAAAAAUGUGAAAAAUUAAGAAAAAAAGUAAAAAAAAAAAAAAAUCUGUUACCAGUCAGAGGCCAAGGUAAAGGACUCUCAUUUCUUUGUGUUUUUAUUUUUUUAUUAGCAAUUUAUCACUGUGUGAUAUUUUGUACAUCAUAUUAAGCUGUAUUCAAACUAUUUCCUCUAACUACAAGGGAUAAGAGACCUGCUUUUUAUUAAUUUUGUUUUAUUAUAUAUUUUUGAACUGCAUUCUAGCUUGUAUCAAAUGACUUUCUCUUUUUGUUUACGGGUCCCCUGUUGUAUGUCAUUAAGGAAGAAAAAACAAAAAAAUGAAGAUUUUGUACAGUGAA